GUCUUGCCACGCACCAUGGGCGACAACAAGUCUGGAUCAACCUCCCUUCCAGGGGCAGACAUCGAGCUGCAAAAAGAGUUUGAACAACAGCAGCUGGCAACAAUUUGUGGCUACACGCAGCACAUGCAGCAGCCAGAACCCAGCUCCCUGGGAGUGGAGGGCGGAGCACGACUGCUCUCCCGAGCGGACUGGGGCGCCCGGAUGCCCAAGUCCGUGGAACACUUCGAGGGACCCGCCCCGUAUGUCAUCAUCCAUCACUCGUACAUGCCCGCCGCCUGCUUCAGCACGCCGGACUGCAUGAAGAGCAUGCGGGACAUGCAGGACUUCCAUCAGCUGGAGCGCGGAUGGAACGACAUCGGCUAUAGCUUCGGCAUCGGCGGAGAUGGGAUGAUCUACACGGGUCGCGGCUUCAACGUCAUCGGAGCCCAUGCCCCCAAAUACAACGACAAGAGUGUGGGCAUUGUCCUCAUCGGAGAUUGGAGAACUGAACUGCCGCCCAAGCAGAUGCUGGAUGCCGCCAGGAACCUGAUCGCUUUCGGCGUGUUCAAGGGCUACAUCGACCCCGCAUACAAGCUGCUGGGGCACAAGCAGGUGCGCGAAACAGAGUGUCCGGGCGGACGCCUCUUCCAGGAGAUUUCCACGUGGCCGCACUUCAACAAUGGAAUCCGUUUUAACGCAACGACGGAGCAGCCACCACAGGGGCAGGCACAGCCCCAAGCCAAGGCACUGCCUGUGGUCCCCAAGGUCUAGUUUAGCUCAUCCCGAAUCCUAAUCCUCUAUACCAUACUACGCCACACGAGCUCUCAGCUCCCCCGCUCAAUGCCAAGGAGUUCAUUCAGUAUUCAUUAGAUGUCUCUCUGCGAACAUUUCACAAAUAAAGCAAUUUCUAGAUGAUAA